AUGUCGCCGACUGACUCCCGGGUGGCCAGCGCUGUCAAAGAGACGUCCAGGAAGGCCCGGGGCAGGUGGAGCGAGGAGCAUUUGAUGACCAGCGAUAAGUCAAUUCUGAUUGAUAAAGACAUCGUGAAACUCCUCGCAAGCCCCGGAGCAUGGCAUUGUUUAGAAGAAGCUGAGAAGCGCGAGAUUUUAUCACUAUUACCCGCCGAUACCCACCCUAAUCCAGAACCAAAUCCGGACGAUCCAAGCUCAGGAAUACCCCCUUUGCCCGAUUCGUUCGUUCGCUACUCGAAUAACUGGCGGGAUGGGAUCCGUCAGUUCCAGCUCGACCUUCAGAAUGGCCGAUAUAACCCCGAAUGGCUCCGACAGGCCGAAGAAGCCAGAAUCCAGCGCGAGAAUGGUGAAUUCGAUGCGUUCAAAGAGCGUGAGUUCGAGGAAUUUUGGGGACAGAAGCAAAAGCUGAACAAGAGUCUACUGUCCGGGGAAAGUAGCCGCGUUUCACUAGAGGCUCUUGUUGAUGCAGGUGUCAUCCAAAUAGGCGAUGUCUGGAGAUUUGAGCACGCGUUUGGCAAGGGAGACGAUCGCGUUCUGGUGGAAAAAGAAGCCAGAGUCCAAGAGAUCAACGGCUCCAAGCUGACAUUCGUGGUGCCGGGUGGCCACCGAGUCUUUCUGUCUAGCACCGCCCAUACAGCUCAAGCGCAUGCGCCAUUAGACGCCAAUGACGGACAGAAGCCAGAACUAAUAAAGGAGCCACCGUUUAAGGUCGAGGAAGGCCAUCCAGGCCAUCCCGAGAACGAACCAGACAAGGGGGAGAACCUACCCGCCAAUAUUCCAGAAUUCGCCAGUGCCCCAACAUAUCUGGAGAAACAAAGCGGCCUAGUUCUGGAUGAAUCUCUACACCAGAAGCCAUCGCAGGAGGGUGAACGCACCAACUCGGGGCAGAGGGUUGUAAAAGUCGAGAUCCCAGUGUCAAACCGCGUGGAUAAAGAACAACCCAAGGGUCUUGAAGAUCUUGCAGGCAGUAUCAUUGCCGAACCGAGCGAUGGUCAUACCGAGGACGACUCAAGUCUUUCCAAUAACCCGCCCGGUGAGGGAAACACUGAAAAUAAUGUCGAAGUGGUUCUGCCGGCGGAGCCCCAAGGCACUUCUGCACCUAGCAGCUCUGAUCCUGCCAGCGUGAACGCGAUAGACUCGGCUGCGAUACCCCCGCAUCACGAGAAUCGAGACUACAUGAAAUUGGAAACUGUAAUGGAAGCCCAAGAUAUCCCAUCCCAACCAGAAACCUCGAGUGAACCUCAAAUUACCCUUGACCCAGAGCCGCAGCGAGAUCUCAUGGCAAACAUCGGACCCCAGCACGAGGCAUGCCCAAGCACUGCAUCAUCUCCAUUGUCCUCGCCUCCACCAUCACCAGCCGCGGAGCCUGAAGCCGAUGAAGUUAUUAUACAGAACGUUGCAACGCCCAACAUGCUCGUGGGGAAAAUCCUAGAGAUAGAUGGUCGGAAGGCGGGCUCCCGAGCUUCCAACUCGUGGAAGGAGAUUCGUUGCUAUCGGAAAAAUCAAGACAUGGGCUCUCUUUGGGAUGUGCGACUCGCCUGGUUUCACAAAAAUAGGUAG